AUGGCUGGACAAUCUGCUCCUUCAGGCGCCAAAGAUGCUGUCCUCGUCAAGUCCGAAGACAUGCCCGCCGAUGCCCAAAAGGUGGAGGAGCUCGACUUCAACAAGCUCAACCGUCCCAUCACAGCACACGAUCUUUUCAUGGGCAUGCGCCACAUGGGCUUUCAGGCCUCUGCCAUGAGCGAGGCCAUUCGAAUCAUCAACGAAAUGCAAGCCUGGAAAGACCCAGAAACUGGUGACAAGACAACCAUCUUCCUCGGUUACACCUCUAACCUGAUCUCAUCUGGCCUUCGCGGUGUUCUUCGCUGGUUAGUCGAGCAUAAACACGUAUCUGCCAUUGUCACCACAGCGGGUGGCAUCGAAGAAGACUUCAUCAAGUGCCUUGGCGAGACCUACAUGGGCUCCUUUAGCGCCGUUGGCGCCGAUCUGCGCAAAAAGGGUCUGAACCGCAUCGGAAAUCUCGUCGUGCCCAACGCCAACUACUGUGCCUUUGAAGACUGGGUCGUGCCUAUUCUUGACAAGAUGCUCGAGGAGCAAGAGGCCAGCAAGGGCACCGACGACGAAGUUAGCUGGACGCCUUCCAAAAUCAUCCACCGCCUCGGCAAGGAGAUCAACGACGAGCGCUCCGUCUACUACUGGGCCUACAAGAAUGACAUUCCCGUCUUUUGUCCCGCACUAACUGACGGUAGCCUUGGAGACAUGCUCUACUUUCACACCUUCAAGUCUUCACCCCAGCAGCUCAAAGUCGACAUUGUCGAGGACAUUCGCAAGAUCAACACAAUCUCUGUGCGCGCUAAGCGGGCCGGUAUGAUCAUCCUGGGCGGUGGCGUGGUCAAGCAUCAUAUUGCCAACGCUUGCCUCAUGCGCAACGGUGCAGAAUCCGCGGUCUACAUCAACACAGGGCAAGAAUUUGAUGGCAGUGAUGCCGGCGCCAGGCCAGAUGAGGCCGUAUCGUGGGGCAAGAUUAAAAUUGGCGCCGACAGUGUCAAAGUUUAUAUGGAGGCGACGGCAUGCUUCCCAUUUAUCGUAGCAAAUACUUUUGCCAAGGACACUUGA